GAUAAGACUUGGCUGGAGACCCAUAUUUGGCAUGCAAAGCGAAUGCAUAUGGAGACGCUCUGGGGAUAUUCUUUGGCAGUGACACCAACUGAGAAGUCCUUCAGGCCUUCCCACCGUGCCUCUGUGCACGGUGCCAUUCUGCAUGAUGCGUCAUAUUACUCUCUAAUUGAACUCCAGGGACCGGAAGUGGAGCUGAAAGGUAUUUUGGAAUACUGCUGUGACCCGCAAGGUCCGAGUCCUGGUGCUCAACGUAGGUAUACUACUGGCUCUCGUACCCUUGAUACUCAUGCCUACGAGCCCGGCGACUUUCCGUAUGGUUUAUUAGGACCGGUGACCAUUAUGUGGCGGCCGAACAGGCCGUCGAUAAACGCGGAUGCCGCAAAGGUCGACGCUCCCAAGACAAGCAAGACUCAAGGCAGCGACACAACCAAGGCCAAGUCCAAGGCGAAGGAAGCGCCACAAACCAAUAUCAUAAGAACCGUGUGGAUCCGCUGUCAUCCGGACAUGUUCGACCCUGUUUUCAAUGCACUCCGCACAUCCGCGUCUCACAUCCUAGAUGCCCGCAAGAAAGCCGGCAAUAGCGACUUCUGCAAGAUUGACCUGGCUGACCUUCGUGAACAUGUGAAUGUGUUCGAGAUCGUCGGUCCGAAGUCAAGUCAAGUGAUAAAGGGAGCGCUGCGACCUGUCAAUGAGGAUAAGAGGGACGAAUUCAAGAAGUUCUGGUCCUCGUUGACUGAUCUACAGUCUGCCGGUUCCAUCCCUCGGGGGAUGGUGGUCGGCCUGAAGGUCUAUGAUCCGCGGCUCAGCUUUCCGCCUAAGAACGCAAAACCGAAAGUGGCAAAAGAUGACCUACCGAGCCUGUCACUCCCUUCGGCCACGUUCCCUACGUCUACUCUCGCGCAAAGCGAGAUCUGGGAGGAAAACGUUCGACACGCGCUCAGGAAGCCGCGGUACAAGACGAAAGAUAUAGACGAACGGAAAUCCAAGAAUCUCGUUCCCGGUACUCCUUUGUCUCCUGAACGCCAAGACGAUCGAAUACCUGCCCUGCUUAUCCAGCGCUCCAUCGAAAGGCCCGCUGCCAUCUCUGCGUCCUCUUCGUCCUCUUCAGCGAGAGAAGGAGACAAAUCGGACAAUGGGCUCCACGGUUGGAUGCUCAUCGUUCCAUCCGGGUGGUCCAUGCCCUUCUUCAUGUCCCUUAUUCACACCGGCACACGGGUUGGUGGGCAAAGAGAGCGCCAGACGCAAGCCUUUGAGGCGGGAGCGGCGUACUUCCCCCGCGACUAUCCGUUCACGGCUACGUAUGAGUCGCAAACGAAUGCCGCUGCCGCUAAGGAGAAGGAGAGCUGGGAGAAGAAGCCGCCCGCGAAGCGGGUGAACUACGGCGCAGUAGGGACUAGGAGCCCUUGGAAGCCGGACUGGGACGUUGUGCUGGGCUUGCGGACUGCUUCCGUUACUCCUGCGGCUGAGUCGGAGGAUCUGGUGUCUACGCAAAGAGAGCCUCGGGCGGCAAACGUCGAGAUCAAGCCAUGGUUGCUUUGCGGCCCUCAAGUUCCUUCCGUACUGAACACUAUCUUCUCCAUGCUCAACCCGACUGCGGGCCUUUUGGAAGAGCUUAAGAGGCUGCGCAUGAAGCGUAAUCUUGACCCUAUCGGGAGUAUUGCCAAUGCGGACUCGCUAUGGAAGGGUGCGCUCGUCAGGGUCAGAGUAAACCUACUUGGCCGUGGGUCUCCGGGAGAGCUUGCCAUGCUAUACCAGACGGAGGAUAAGGAUUUGCGUCAGUGGAUCAAGACUAGGGCUACUAACAGAGGUCGCAUUCUGGAAGAUAAUGAAGAAGAACCCGAGGUGACCCACGCAAUCCCAUCUUCGGAUGCCAUCAUUGGCUAUGUGACUACUGGCAACUACUCGUUGUCCAGGGGCCAGGGAUUUGCGAUUGGUGCUGUUCCCCUGGCCCGGAUACACGACCUGAAGCAGCAGGCCGAACGGUUGCAUCUUGGUGCAUCAAUGCACACGAUGGUACGGGAUAGAGGCGAUACAAUCUGUCGCCUGGCACGCGUAGGAAUACUGGGUUCGUGA